AUGCAUGGGUUUUUGCAGCUGAACAGAAGGAGGAGGGCAGUGUCCCUUUAUGAUGACAAUACAGGUGUCAGCUGCUCAGAUGAUGAUGAAAAGCCCCGCAAAAGACGGCGAACUAAUUCUUCCAGUUCUUCCCCUGUUCUCCUGAAAGAAGUCCCGAAGGCAGUGACUCCUGUCACUAAAACUAUCACAGUGCCUGUAAGUGGCAGCCCCAAGAUGAGUAAUAUAAUGCAGAGCAUUGCCAACUCCUUACCGCCACAUAUGUCGCCAGUGAAAAUAACCUUCACUAAGCCCUCAACACAGACAACAAACACAACAACACAGAAGGUGAUAAUAGUAACCACAUCUCCAAGCUCAACUUUUGUACCCAACAUCCUUUCCAAGUCCCACAACUAUGCAGCAGUUACGAAACUCGUUCCAACAUCAGUCAUCGCAUCAACUACUCAGAAACAACCGGUGGUUAUCACUGCUUCUCAGUCCUCUCUGGUCAGCAGUAGCACCAGCAGCAGUAGCUGUUCCACUCCCUCCUGUACUGCAAGUACAAUUGCUGUGACUGCUGUGGUAUCAUCAACGCCAUCUGUGGUCAUGUCAACGGUAGCACAAGGCGUAUCCACAUCGGCGAUUAAAGUAGCCUCUACCAGACUACCAUCCCCAAAAGGUUUGGUUGGGAAUCCAACGCAGAUCUUAGCACAGUUCCCCAAACAGCAUCAGCAGUCUCCCAAGCAGCAACUGCACCAAAUGCAACAGGCCCAGCAACAGCAGCCACAGCAGCAGCAACAGCAGCAACAGCCACAGCAGCAACAACAGCAGCAGCCACAGCAACAACAGCUGGCACAGUCUUCUGUAGCUCAACAGCAGCCCCAGCAAUCUCAGUUUCCACCUGGCAUCAAGCCCACCAUUCAGAUCAAACAGGAAUCAGGUGUUAAAAUAAUCACUCAACAGGUGCAGCUCAGUAAAAUCCUUCCCAAACCAGUUACAGCGGCAUUGCCCAGCAGUAGCAAUUCACCUAUUAUGGUUGUUAGCAGUAAUGGGACUGUCAUGACAACUAAACUGGUCACUACUCCCUCUGGAACUCAAGCAACAUACACACGGCCGACAGUUAGCCCCUCUAUAGGGGCUCGGAUGGCUGGAACUCCUGGGGCUGCAACUUAUGUGAAAACCACGAGUGGUAGCAUCAUUACAGUAGUACCAAAAUCACUGGCUACUCUGGGAGGCAAGAUUAUCAGUAGUAAUAUUGUUUCUGGAACUACAACCAAAAUCACUACAAUUCCAAUGACUUCCAAACCCAAUGUGAUUGUUGUGCAAAAGACUACUGGAAAAGGAACCACAAUUCAAGGGCUUCCUGGCAAAAAUGUUGUCACAACGUUGUUGAAUGCUGGGGGGGAGAAAACUGUUCAGGCAGUGCCAGCAGGAGCAAAACCUGCUAUCAUCACUGCCACGAGACCCAUCACAAAAAUGAUUGUUACACAGCCAAAAGGAAUAGGGUCCACGGUCCAGCCAGCCACCAAAAUCAUCCCAACUAAAAUUGUUUAUGGUCAGCAAGGGAAAACGCAGGUUCUCAUAAAACCAAAGCCAGUGACAUUUCAAGCAACAGUUGUGAGUGAACAAACUAGGCAGUUGGUAACUGAAACGUUACAGCAGGCGUCAAGGGUAGCAGAGACAGGGAAUUCAUCUCUUCCAGAAGUGAAAGAAGAACCACAAAGUUACACUGAUAGCAGCUCUUCUUCUACAGAGUCCUCUCAGAGCUCCCAAGAUUCUCAGCCUGUAGUCCAUGUGAUUGCUUCAAGAAGUCAAGAUUGGUCAGAACAUGAAAUAGCUGUGGACACCAGCCCUACAAUAAUUUACCAGGAUGUAUCCAGUGAAUCUCAGUCGGCUACUUCCACGAUAAAAGCUUUGCUAGAACUUCAGCAGACAACAGCAGUGAAGGAGAAGUUAGAAUCGAAGCCAAGGCAGCCUACCAUUGACUUGAGCCAAAUGGCUGUCCCAAUACAGAUGACCCAAGAAAAGAGACAUUCUCCAGAAAGCCCUUCAAUUGCUGUAGUAGAAUCAGAAUUAGUUGCUGAAUAUAUCACAACUGACUCAGGAAGACAACACUGUCUUGGUUCACAUUCGGAAGAAUAUCUACACAACCACAUAGUUAGUCAUCGGUCCCAACCCCACCAGCAGUCAUCCCAGCCCCAGAGGACUCUGCUGCAGCACGUGGCUCAGUCACAGACAGCAACGCAGACUUCUGUUGUGGUGAAAUCUAUCCCCGCAUCCUCCACAGGCGCAAUUACCCAUAUCAUGCAGCAGGCCUUAAGCAGUCACACUGCGUUCACCAAACAGAGUGAACAGCUUGGAACUGAGGAGGGAGAAGUGGAAGAGAUGGACACCUUAGAUCCUCAGACUGGCCUAUUCUACAGAUCUGCCCUGACACAAUCGCAGGCACAAAAACAGCAAAAACUGAGUCAGCCGCAGCUGGAACAGACUCAACUGCAAGUGAAAACUCUGCAAUGUUUCCAGACUAAGCAGAAGCAGACAAUCCACCUGCAGGCCGACCAAAUCCAGCACAAACUCCCACAAAUGCCCCAGCUUUCUAUAAGGCAUCAAAAGCUAACCCCCCUCCAGCAAGAGCAAGCACAGACCAAACCAGAUGCACAGCACCCCCCACACCACAUGAUGGCCAAAGAAAGGCAGCUCCCUACCUUAGUGGCGCAGCCACAGCAAACUGUAGUACAGGUGCUUGCAGUAAAAACCACGCAGCAGCUGCCCAAACUGCAACAGGCACCAACGGCACAAAAAAUCUACAUGCAACCCCAACCCCCCCAGAGUCAAAUGCAGCUACCUGCCUCUUCAGAGAAACAGCCAGCAAGCCAGACUAUCCCUCGAUAUUCCAUCCCUUGUCACUCCAGCUCCAACGUGGUAGUGGAACCCAGCGGGCUCCUGGAGCUCAACAACUUCACCAGUCAGCGUCUCGAUGAUGAUGAGGAGACUGCAGUGGAACAUGACAUGGACAGUAGCGCUGAGGAUGGCACUGAGCCCAGCCCCUCUCAGAGUUCUGCUGAACAAUCCUAAGGAAUGGGGACACUGGAGUGCACUUUAACCUAUCCGGGGAUUUGAGUAUCCCAGAUGCCCUUGUUUUGUGAUGUCUUAGAGCACUUUGCCUAUUAGAGUUGUUCAUUGGACCCUUGAAGCAUCAGUGUGUUUUAACAAGACAGUAUUGCAAAAGCUGCAUCUUAGAAAUUGUUUCCAAAAAAAAAAAGGUGUAGUUACUGAGAUACAGUAAUCCCGUGACAGUGGAAUGUACUCCUGUUAACAAGCAAAUCUGCAGCGAAUUCUACAGCCCGUGCUAUUGAAGCCCUUGCCCAGAUACUGAAAGAGCUUUCAUUGAAAAGAGAUCUUUAAUUUGCUGCGUCUUUUUGUUAGCUGCUGAGCAAAACACCAUCAAAGAAGAGAAUGUGUAAUAAAUAUUUGUAUUUUUAAAUAGCAUGUGAGAGAAACAGUGUCUCUGACAGUGCUGGAAGAGCCCCAGGAGUUUUGGAAUUGGUUAGCUUUCUUGCACUUGUGCUCACUUAGAGUUAAGAUUUUUUCAUAAGCCGAAAAAUAUAGUUUAUUUUUUUAAAAUUCUUGUUGUUGAAUGUUUGGAAAUAAGCAAAAUCACUAACUGGUAGCAGUGUGGAUUUGCUCGUGGAUUUUUGUUUUCAUGCUUUAAAGGAAUUAGGGUAACGGUGUACGAGCUGUUUCUUUGUGCCAUAAGCACAUGAAAUGCUCAUCGACUCUAGUUGAUCUCUGAUUAUUUAUUUAAAACUUAAAGUGAGUCCAAGUUGUUUAAAAAGUUCCUGUUAAACAGGCAGGUGUGUAAAUUCUAGUACAAUAAGGGUUGUGGGGGAUGUAUUUUGCUAUAUAUCCAUUUUUCAAAAUUGGGGGAUAAGUGGUUCCACGUCUUUAAAAGCUGAACCUCGGAGCUUAGAAGUGAGCUAAGGCUUUUAAAAAAAUCUGUAUUUUACUCUGACAUGCUGUUUUUAAAGUGACCACUUGGGGAGUUUCGAUGUUGAGAUCAGUAUACAGUGGUAGGUCUCUGAAAUCAGCCUUAUGACUUGGCUUGUUGAAGCAAUACAUUGGGUUUCUGUGAUAGUUACAAGCCACAGAGAGGGGGGAGUGGGUUCAGAUGGGAUAUGAGAACCAGUUUUAAUACGUUCUGCUAAUGAAGACAAUACUUUUUUUGUUUUGAAAUGUAUAUAAAAAACACGUUUUUAACUGUUUUGUAUAGAUUUCAUUAUAAAUAACUAAGCAUUUUAAGACUUUGACAUAUCAUUUAAUUGUAUAUACAUCUAUCAGCCUAACUGCCCACUUUUUGGUGCUGGAGUACUACUGUAAGUAGAUUUCAUCCAAAGUCUAAUACAGUUUUUUUGCGUCAGUCUUUUUUUUAAGCUGUGAUUUUACUGUUGAUACUGUAGUUACGAUUAAAUUCAAACUAGAGUGAUUCUCAAACAAAAAAUACAAAACCUAAAACAUUA